UGAAAAAUCUGUUGAAUGUAUCUAAUAUACAAAUAAACUACAUCCUCAUUUUGGAUUUACUGUAAUAAUUUAAUAUUAAAAUGUUUGCGGUCUAUUCGUGCUAUGAUGUCGGUGCCAAUGAGGAAGUAGAUAAUACCGAACUGGGUCCCUCCUCUAAAAUUACGGCCGAGCAACGUGCUGAAAAAGAAAUGCAGUCCAUCAUCCUUUUGGCCCACCAGGAGCAUGAGGCUCAGACUUAUCACCAAGUAAUGACCGCUAUUAAGCAACGCGAGGCGAAGGAGCUUAACAAGCUUCGGGAUGUUAACCCAAUGCCCUCAAGUUUUGUCAGGAGCCAAACUGACCAUGAUGAGGAGGUCCGAGUUCUACUAGAUCAAGUAGCUUUCAAAGAAGAUAAUGGCGAUGAAGAUGAUGAGUAGUUGCUUUGAAUACCUUGAUUUUAUAAAAUACUAAAGAGACUUAAAUGCUUUUAAGCCAGACUAAAUAUAUAAUUCACAGAAUUAAAAACAAAUACA